CUUGUAUUGUGAGUUGAUCACGGUAGGUGCCUUGCCGAUAGCUUCGCUACGUCACCGCGAAAGAGGAGAAUCAAACCAUUUUGUCCAAGUGUCUAUCUAGCUGAUGAGUGUUGUCGGAUGACCACGAAACCAGCAAGACUCUCCUGCUUCUUUUCAAAUCAUUCCACAAGAUCCUAGCGAAACCCUCAGAAGCCCAUUAUCAGACUUCGCUGGCCUCUCCUGCUUGCUGCUGACGUGCUGGUUGGAGGAAGACUGUUGUUCCCGCACCUCGGUCAUCUGCGGCAGCGCUGCUGAUUAGCCCACCACCAACACCCGACACUGCGCACUGCGCGUUUUCUGUACGUCCACUUCUUUCCUUUCCUCCGAGACGCUACCGCCAUCUUUCGAAUUCGCAUCAUCCGUGAUUAUUCGAGAAUGGUGGUCAUACCUCCCGAGCCAUCUCCUUGCCGCCCACCGUUAUGAUGGAAUCUAUGCCUUUGUGCAAGACGAACCGUGGGGACAAGCGAGCGUUGGCCGCAUUUCUCCAUCUUCCUCCGGCCUUCUUCACAUGCUCUGUGGGCGGCCGACGGCGGGUGUCCUCCAUGACCAUGUUCUGCUCUGACCCCUCCUGACCCUUCCAUGUCUUAAGAUCAUAUCGUUCAGCUUGUUGUUCCUACUAAUCAACUUCUUCCCUCGCGUUUUUGUACUUGGUCAGCGGCAUCCGGCAUUGAACGACUCUUUAACAGCCCAAUCCCCAUGCCAUCCUACUGCCUGCACGAUUGCCACUACUUCUAUCGGACUGCUCUUCGUUUGCUGAGCGUUGCUACCUUGGUGGCUGCAUUGUACUCAUGAUCAACCUAUUGACCAUGCCUAUAUCUAUCGCAGGAACCCGAUAUUUUUCCCAACCAGCUUCCAUUGGCGACACGCUAAGCCGAGCCUCGCCAAAGGCUGAAGUCGACGGGAUGGCCGCCGAACAUGUCGAACGGGCUCUCGAGGCCGCAAAAGAUGUCAAGGAGUCAUACAGCAAACAAGAGAAGGAGCCCAUGUCGGCACAGACACUGCCAAAAGAGCACACCAAACGAGGCAUCACCUUCGCGGCACAGAACAAACUUCCAAAACUGCCAAUACCCGACCUUGACGCGACAAUGAAGAGAUAUCUCGAAGCCCUGGCACCGCUUCAGACGAUACAAGAGCAUAAUGAGACGAGGGCCUCCGUCCGUGAUUUUCUCGACCACGAAGGGAAGGAUCUCCAGGACCGACUGAAAAAGUAUGCCACCGACAAGACAAGUUAUAUUGAGCAGUUCUGGUACGAUUCGUAUUUGAAUUAUGACAAUCCGGUCGUCCUCAACCUGAACCCCUUCUUCCUGCUGGAGGAUGAUCCAACGCCGGCGCGUAAUAAUCAAGUCACCCGAGCAGCCUCCCUCGUCAUUUCCGCACUCUGCUUCGUCCGAGCGGUACGAAAGGAGGAACUACCUCCCGAUACCCUAAGAGGUACGCCUUUGGAUAUGUACCAGUACUCCCGCCUGUUUGGGACUGCUCGUGUCCCAACCGAGAGCGGUUGUAUCAUUGGCCAGGACUCAGAUUCUAAGCAUGUUGUGGUCAUGUGCCGAGGCCAGUUCUACUGGUUCGAUGUUUUGGAUGACAAUCACGACAUCAUCAUGACUGAGAAGGACCUCGCGAUCAAUUUACAGGUGAUUGUCAAUGACGCUGAAGAGAUUCCUAUCCAGGAAGCCGCCCGAGGAGCCCUUGGAGUGCUAAGUACCGAGAACAGAAAGGUCUGGUCGGGGCUCAGGGACCUCCUGACCAGAGAUGAAGGAUCAAAUAACGCAGAUUGUCUGUCUAUCGUUGACUCGGCUUUGUUCAUGAUCUGCCUGGAUUACACUGAGCCGGCUGAUGUUUCGCAAUUAUGCGGCAACAUGCUCUGCGGUACCAAUGAAGUCGUUCGGGGCGUUCAAGUCGGCACCUGUACCAACCGAUGGUAUGACAAACUCCAGAUCAUUGUUUGCAAGAAUGGAAGUGCGGGCAUCAACUUCGAGCACACGGGUGUCGACGGCCACACUGUUCUACGCUUCGCCAGUGAUGUUUACACCGACACUAUUCUACGAUAUGCAAAGUCUAUCAAUGGACAAGCUCCGACCUUAUGGACUUCUCAAAGCCCUGACCCCUCGAAGCGUGACCCUGAUAGCUUUGGUGAUGUCAAAACCACUCCUCACAAGUUGGAAUGGGACAUGACCCCGGAGCUCUCAAUCGCCCUUAGAUUUGCGGAAACACGAUUGGCUGAUCUUAUCAACCAAAAUGAAUUCCAAACCUUAGACUUCUCUGGCUACGGCAAGAAUUUCAUCACUUCCAUGGGUUUCUCGCCUGAUGCUUUCGUCCAGAUGGCCUUCCAAGCAGCAUAUUAUGGUCUCUACGGACGAGUGGAGAACACCUAUGAGCCGGCAAUGACCAAAAUGUUCUAUCAUGGACGAACAGAAGCAAUUCGUUCCGUCACACCCGAAAGUGUUGACUUCGUCAAGACUUUCUGGGCGGACAACACGCCGCAGAAGAAGAUUGAAGCACUCAAAAGUGCUUGCCAAAAGCAUACUGCCGUCACGAAGGAAGCAAGCAAAGCUCAGGGUCAAGAUCGUCACCUCUAUGCCUUGUAUUGUGUCUGGCAGCGCAAGAUGAACGAAGAAGGAGCAGAACUUGCAAGCAACGCCGACUUUAGUUCGAACGGUUAUUCUAGUCCAACCGACCCGAGCGACGCGGGAAGCCCUAAAAGACUAGACGAACGGCCAAUAAGUCCGACUCGCUCCCAUGCCGGUACCGAAUCUAGCCGCUCGCCUGGCCCUGCUCUGCACCAGAUGCCCCCCCUCUUCAGUGACGCUGGGUGGGAGAAAAUCAACAAUACAAUACUCAGCACUUCGAACUGCGGAAAUCCCUCACUGCGCCACUUUGGCUUUGGCCCAGUCUCGGGUGAUGGUUUUGGUAUAGGCUAUAUCAUCAAGGAAGAUUCUAUCUCGGUUUGUGCGAGCAGCAAACAUCGCCAGACGCGGCGAUUUGUAGACAGCCUCGAAUCCUACCUCAAUGAGAUUCGUCGUUUGUUAAAAGCCACCAGACCGAGGGCCACCUCUGGUGGUAAAUUGACACGGGCAAGAGAAGCAGAGGAAGUAGGCAAGGACGGUCGACUGAAGUCUCGAGGCCGUGCCAUCAAAGCCGAGGCCACGAGAGCCGACGGAACUCAGACGCCUACCAGCAUGGACACUGCUGAGGUGGAGGAUGAUGGUUUGGGUGGAUAUGGCUUCUUCGACGCCGGCAUGUUAUUGCAAGCGUUGAAGAAAGAUGCGCCGAAACCUGCAGAGCAACUGGCCCAGAAGAAGAGGACAGUGGGAAAGAAGCUAGCCUUGACGGAAUAUUGAUCGUUAAUAGCUUGCUGUUGUAUUGCACAGUGGUAUGGAAUUAAUGUAGGCGGAUAUUCCGGACUAGCCAUGUGCGACAACAAUGCUUGUCCCUAGACAGGGUUAGGGGUGUGACAGGGGGAAGAUGACAUAGCCAUCGCUUUUUUUGAGGUCUCGCAGCAUCUGUACGAUGAUUUGCAUGGAAUCUUCAGACCAACCGGCCGGCGUCCGUGCCUGGAUCGCCUACCGAGCCAAUGGUCCGGGGCCGCUGCAGAAUGGCACAGGGAAUCGUUUUCACGUAUGUAUGUAAGCUACGGAGUAGCAUAUACAACAAUGCACUAGGUCAGGAGUAGCGAGGUGGGUUAUGUAUCUCAAUAUUCGUUGACUGAUUGCAUAUGUGUGCACGUAGUCUGAGAUAGCCAGGCGAAAGGGGGUUCGUU